AUGAGGCGAGGGCCUCGACGUCGAGUAUCUUAUGUGAUAUCACACGAUAAUAAGGAACAAGGUCAUUUUUUGGGUGCAAAUUCCUUAGCACUUGAUACAACAACAGUAAAUCCCAACACUGGGCGACCAGAAGGAAUACUUUACACUGCUGGAAGAGACGGUCUCAUUUAUUCUUGGGAUUUACAUUUACCAUUUAGACAACAAAAGAAAGUAACUUCGUCAACCGCCAAUGGAUUGUAUCAGAGCCAUACAGAUUGGGUCAAUGAUAUUGUGUUAUGUCAUGGGAAUGAAACUCUCAUCUCUGCCUCAUCUGAUAGGACACUACAAUUAUGGCAUCCACACAAAUCUAGCAAGUCUAUUACGAUUGGAAAUCAUUCUGACUACAUCAAAGCGCUUGCAUAUGCUCCCGGACCUUGUUGGGUGGCAAGCGGUGGAUUUGAUAGGAAAAUAGCCAUUUGGGAUAUUAACGAAUGUCGACCGUCUUCACCUAUUACGUCUUUGGAUUUAACAGAUAUGAACCCCAGAGCCUUAAUCCCCGAGACAUCUCCCAAAUCGUCUAUUUAUGCACUUGCUUGCAAUCCAUCUGGAACUGUUAUUGUGUCUGGAUCACCAGAGAAGAUAAUCCGUGUAUGGGAUCCGCGGUCAAGUAAACAGAUAAUGAAAUUUACUGGCCAUACAGACAAUAUAAGAGCCGUGCUAGUCAGCGAUGAUGGAGACUUGAUACUAUCUGGAUCUUCCGAUACGACCAUUAAAUUAUGGUCAUUAUCUGCUCAACGUUGUGUCAACACAUUCACAAUUCACUCAGACUCGGUAUGGACCUUGUACUCUGACCAUCCGAGACUGGAGACUUUUUAUACUGGCAGUAAGGACGGUUUGGUUACGAGAACCGACUACAGUGGAGAUGGGGAAUGUAUUGCAAUAUCAAGAGAGUCGACUGGAGUAAUGAAAAUUGUGGCACUUGACAAUGAAUUUAUAUGGACAGCGACUGCCAAAUCAACCAUCAACAGAUGGUUAGACGUUCCCAGCCGCUCACGUCGUAGAGCCAAAGCGUUUGCAAGUGCAUCUUCUUCACCACCCACAUCUCCUUCAUCUCCUAUUUCACCAGUUUCGUCUUCUGCGUUGAUUAAAUUGUCGUACUCAAGCCUAUCAUAUAGUGGUGGAGCAGUCGAUUCUGAUGCUGCGACAAUUAAUUCCAUGAAUGUGCACGAUAAUUCUGCAUUCGAUGAUGGCGAUUUAGAUGACCCUAUUCCCAUCAGAGAUGCACCCGACACUACAAUUCAAGGUCAACGCGGUCUAACAAAGCAUUGUUCUUUGAACAACAGAAGACAUGUGUUAACAGUCGAUACUGCUGGAGAAUGUGUUAAAUUGAAGACGUUCGGUAAGCGUGAUUUAGAAGAAGUUUACCAGGAAAUAAACACAAUAGAGUCAAUACCCACGUGGGCUGCCAUAGACACUAGAAUUGGUGCACUGACAAUACAUCUAGACGAGUACCAGUGCUUUGAUGCUGAGGUAUAUGCAGAUGAAAUAGAACCACCUCCAGAAGACUAUGAACUCCGCGAAGAUUACAGAGUCAAUCUGGGUAAGUGGGUAUUGCGAUAUCUAUUCGAAGAAUUUACACAGGCUGAAAUAAAAGCGUACGAGGAGAGCCGAGCAUUCGCGGAACAGCAACAACAGAGCGUCCAAAGACAGCAAUCACUCAAUGAUAUUCAUAAAUACACCCAAGAGGCCUUACCGCAAUCUCCAACACGAGCCACACCACCGCAUCACAUUUCAUUCCCACCGGCAACGAUGCAAGCUGAACAUUUAAACGAUCGUCCAACACAAAAACCUUAUCAAAGGGGCAUUGAUAUCCUAUCGCCAAAGUCUCCAACCAGUACUCAAUCUCCAAUCGCAUCUCCCACAGCGGCGGCAAUGCCUAAUUCUCCGACAAAGUCAUUAGCUACAUUCGCGGCUGGUCCCUUUACAGCUCCAGCAUCUGCAGGACCAACGCAAGACUAUUUUUCCGAAUUACAUAAUAAACCAUCAACGCCUACUAGUCCGUCUACGCUGCUAACACAGUCUGGAGCAAGCACGUCUGAAAAGAAAAACAAUAAUACUAAUGUGGUAACAACUCCACAAACAAAAAUUCAGUUACCUCCGCCAGCAUUGGUUAAUCAAGGCUCAAAUAAUACCGGAUCAUCCAGUUCGUUUGUGACGUCUAUAUUCAGAAGUAUUGGUAACAGGAAAACACGUUCGCCAAAUGCGGACCCUAAGGCUGAAACUUUAAACUAUCUAGAACAACCCAAAGAUUAUCCCAAUUCCAGAAGCGACUCUCUAACUUCCAAAAGUGAUCCAACAGUUAAACCUAAUACGCCAUCUCCAACUGCUUCUCCUGAUAUUAGCCAACCAAUAAGACAACUACAUUAUAUUGUCCAACCACCAUUCGCUCGAAUAGAUUCUCAGGAAACCCCAACCAUAAAUAUUCCACCUCAUACAAAAGUCAUUAUUUCAGAAGACUCGUCAGAAGCCUCGACAAGUGUUGUUAUAUACCGAGGUACAGUUGGGACACUUGGAAAUGAUGCAGAACUCAUAGAAGGAAAGGCUCCUUUGUGGUUAUUAGAGUUUUUAAUUAAGAAUAAAGUGCUCGUUAAAGAACAGCCAAAGGUCAGUUUUGUACUCAAACCACACGAAGGGUCAAAUCUUAACGAAUUGCCGACUGGUAAUACUAGAUUAACAGCUCCUCGGAUGCUCAGAAUCCGUAAAGUGCUUGGCUACGUAGUAGAGAAGUUGGAGCUUUCGGCUGCUGAUUCUCAGGAUGCACAGUCUGCUGCUAUAUCUGACGAACAGGACAGCGAUACCGAAGCGCAAAAACGCCGUGCUUCCUCGAGAAGGCCUGAAAUGUGGCUAGAAUUGCUUUGCAAUGAUCAAGCCAAUGCGUAUAGUAAUAAUGCAAAUGCAAACGAGCAAGAUCCAAGCACGUCUGAAGAAUUGCCAACCAUAGAUAAAGGCACAUGUCUUGAUUGCUUCCUACCAAGGACUAACUUUGCAUGGUGUCAACACUGUGAGAGUCAAUACUUUGAGGAAAAUUCUUCAUGGACUAGCGGAAACAUACAGUUGAACCUUCUGAUCAAAGAGACUCAACUAGGGGCUCGUCAGUGCGGGGAUUAUUUACUGUACAUUGAAUUUUUGGAUUUUUCUUUAAUCCAGGAAGAAGCCAGAGGAGGAUUUAGUACCGUUUAUUCUGCUAUCUGGCUUGAAGGUCCUAGAGAACUUUGGGAUGAAGGAAGUCAAGAAUGGCUGCGGAAUGGCCCGAUGAAGGUUGCUCUUAAAAGGCUAGACAACUCGCAGAAGCUUAGCGACUACUUUAUCCAACAAGUGAAACUUCAUUAUAAAGCUCUUCAAAGCCAUAGUGUUGCCGACACUAUUGGUUUUACUAGAGAUCCCACUGGUGCUUAUAUGAUCGUCAUGCGUUAUUAUCAGAAUGGUGAUUUGCAUAAAUACUUAGAAACCAUCAAAGGUGAUUUGAACUGGAAGGAAAAAAUUGAUAUGUUAUGGGGAAUAGCAGGAGGAUUGGAUGACGUGCACAAACGCAAUCUGGUACAUAAGGAUUUGCAUGGAGGAAACCUAUUGGGCUUACGACCAUAUCAUAUAGAUGGCAUGCCUGUUGUCUAUGAAACUCUUAUGAAAAGAUGUUGGAGUGCUGACCCAGAAUUAAGACCAUCUGCUGCCGAGCUAAAUGAAAUUUUGGGGCAGUGGAUUUGUGAUCUAUGUGAUAAUCCCUUGCCAAAUGAGAUCUCAAACCAAUUUAUGAAAGCAGAGGAUAAUCUAACAGAUGCUUGGAGUGUUGAUGCAUACCCUCAAAACGUCUUUCAAAAUGCUUAUUAUUAUAGUCGGAUUUUGCCAUUCAGUCCGUCUGACGUAAACAAGAGCUGGAACGAAAACCUAGCUGCAUAA